CCGCUUCCUCCUGUCAAAGCAUUGGAAAGCGAGAGGAUAAAAAUAAAUUCACAAAUAGUCUUUUAAUCACAAAUCAAACUGCAUUUAUUUAAGACUUUUGAAGGAUGGCUAUCCUGGGGGCCCAGCUGGUGUUCAGCCUGAUUGUAUUUAGCUUCCUACAGAAACUUUCCUGUUUCUACUCCUUUGGCCGCUGGCUCCUUGCAGGUCGCCUUCUUCGAUACCUUCACCCGUCCGAUGAAGAACUCCGCAAGACUGCAGGAUUGCCAGCCCCAGGAGCUGGGAAAGGGAAAGGACGACGCAGUGAUGCAAAGAAAGGAUCAGUCAGCAGAGACAGUGAGGAGACUUUUACCAUUCCUCGCAGUACCCCCAUAGAAUUGGACACGGCGAAGGUUGAAGCCAUUGAUCUCAUACAUUUACACUACUAUGGCGAUUACUUGUGGAUAGUGGAUUUUGCCAUCAGCGCUGUGGUGGUGUAUAUUUUGACUGAAAUUUACUAUGUGUAUGCUAAUGUGAACGAAACGAAUAUCAGUAUUCUGUGGUGCUUGUUGGCCAUUGGCUUUUGUGUACGGGUUCUGAUAGGCAUGACUGCAGCUUAUUUCAAGGCCGAGGAUGGCGGAGAAAGGAUCCUUAUUGUGACAUUUGGGUUUUUCUGCCUUGUGCUGUGUAUGGGUAUACUGGUCAUAGAUGACGCAGUUUUGGAGUUUGGACUGGAACAAGGUUACAGAAAUUUCUCAGAGGCUGCAACAGACUUAUUGAAGGGACAAGGUAUUGAAUCAGCCGGGCCCGUACACUUCCUGACUUUUAAGAUAAUACUGGCAUUUUUGUGUUCAAUUAUUGGAGCGCUAUUGACUUUUCCUGGCCUCAGAGUCGCAAAGCUUUACCUUGAUGCCUUGAAAUACAGCAAAGAAAAUCCUUUCAAACAGGUUCUUCUUCAUAUAAACUUCGCUCUUCCGUACAUCGUUCUACUUUUAUGGGUGCGACCCCUCAGCAGAGAUAUUCUCUGUGGACUUAACUGGAGAGUUACUACUAGAGUAAUGACUGAGUCAGUAUUUGACAAUUUCAGAAUAUUCAUGUUCGUAAUUCUAUGCAUAAUCAGAAUACUUCUCUUGCCUAUUCAUGUGCAGUCCCACUUAAAUAUGGCCUAUGACAAAGUUCAGAGCAUACGCAAAGAGAGUGGCAGGAUUAGUAAUGUAGACCUUAAGAAAAUGAUUGCUCGAGUGUUUUACUUCAUAAUAGUUGUGACUGUGCAAUAUCUCACGCCUGUCAUUAUUCUACUAUUCAUGGCAUUCAUGUACAAGACUCUAGGACAGUUCUCCUGGUCUGGAACGUUAGGAGAAACCGCAGAAACCUUUGUGAUGUCAUUCAAAAGAACAACUGUCCCGCUCAACACAACAGCAUCUCAGACUCAGUCAAACGCCACGCAGACAAUUGUGGACAGGAUGGGGGAGAUUUCACACACGAUCGGACAUCUGCGUGCAGUGUUUACGCCCGUGUUCUACCGAGGCCUGCUCUCAUUCCUCACCUGGUGGACGUGCGCCGCCUGGACCCUCGCCAUGACCUUCGGCCUCUACUACCACUCUAGAGUUGAAAGCUGAUCCUGCACUUUGUGUGUUCGAGUCGAGUGCUAAAAGUUUGAGGGGUUGUUAAUAUUUGUGAUUUAUGAAGCAGUUUGAACACAAAUUUUAUACCUAGCGAGGACUUUUUCAGCAAAAAAUGCAAAUAGGUCUGGCCAUUUCAUUUUAGGAAAUUUGAAUGUGUUAAUGCUUCAGAUUGAGAAAAUUUUAAGCUUAUUUAUUAAAAUUGAUUUAAGAUUGACAAACACUUAGAAACAAACACACAUGUUAUAACAAAUAGUACAAAUUUGUAUGAUUAUUCCAUGAUUUCUUUGAUUUUUUUUAAAUCGGAAAAAGUAAUCGUAUUUCAGCCACUGCUAAAUUUUAAGUUCAUAUUUUAGCCCUUCUAACUUAUUAUUUACUGCAUGGCAUUUAAAAACAUUGCAAAAUUGACUAAAAUAAACAAAUUCUCAAAAUAACUCACAAAAUUAAAACAUUGUCUUGAAGCUACAAUAUUUGGUUAGUUUAGAGCUUACUGGUAACUCUUGUCAACUCUUGUCAAAUUUGCAGUAUUUCAAAUCAGGAAUCUCAUACAAGUUCUUUGUACUAGGAUUAUAUUUUGUCAGAACUGUAAUUUUGUUUAUUUCAUAUGUUUAUUAAAGAUAGAAUAUUGAAUUUAAUACAUGCCAUAAACUAUUUGUUUGUAUAAAUGUACAAUUGUCUUGUAAUAAUAACCAAAUUCUCAACAGUACACAAUGAGAGUGAGUGCUGAACAUGGCUGGAGAUCUCGUCAGCCUUGCAUUGUGUUUGAAACCGCAUAUUUGUACAUCUAGUCGAAUUUAUGUUUUUACAUGAUGGGUGUAAGACUGUGUGUUAAUGGACAGUUAGGUUUCCCGAUCCCCGCAACACCAAUUGCACAUUUGGUGACAAUUUCCUCUUAAGGCAGGCAUUAACAAUUCCAUCAGGUACAUAAUGAUUACUGCAGCUAUUUGUGAAUGUUGUUUUUACUCAUAUACAUGUAUAUUCUUUUUACAACUAUGUUUACAUAUACAGUAUAUGAUAAUAAGAACUAGUUUGACAUGGUUCUGGAUUUCAAACACGGUCAACUCAGUAACUAUUUUUUUGUUAGAUGGAUUUCAACAGGCAAACUCCUUUUAUAUAUCAGUAGUAUUACAGUGGUGCUUAUUGAAUCUUUAACCGUCCGAUGGUCAGUGAGGAUGACAGAGUGGUUGGGGUCAAACGUCCCAUUUCGAACAGAGUGUCCCAGGCUCCUUCUGAGCUUAGUGUCAGUGAUAAUUUGUUUUAUUACGCAGGAAUGAUCAAUGAUUGCUGAUUUUAAAACUGUAAUUUUAUAUUUGUCGUCAUAGAAAGCUCUUAAUAGCGGAAUAUUAUAGUGCUUAUAUACAUUUUACCUGUUAAUCAACGCAACAUUAAGAAAAAAUUAUUAGUCUUGUUAGUCAUAGUUUAGAGGUGCAAUUAUCUUUGUCUGUUAUAUAUAUGAAAUUUCCAUUCUUUUAGAUAUGAGUUGUCAUUCUUUUUAACACGUGACAUAAGUCGCAAAAAUAGUUUGUUUUUCGAAAAAUCAAUGUCAACUUUUAUUACACUAGUGUAAUUAUGUAAGAAAAUGUGUAUGGUUGUAUUACACUCGAAACAAGCAACGUUAUGUGAUUCAUAUGGAUAUAUCUCAGAUUUACAUAAAGUGUAUAACAUUUAAAGGUACUCACUCAUGUUUUGGUAAAAUGCACUUUUUUGGGUAUGACAAAAUAAACUAUGGCAAAUCAUUCAGGGUGUUAAUACUAAGGUACCAAAAGCUGGAACCCUUUAGCAAAUGUUGAUAUUUUCUAAAAUAUCAUCUUUGAAGACCACAAUUUUCAUGAGCGUUAACAACGCUAAUUUACAGCUCUCUUGUUGCGCGAUUGGUUGAUUGACAUUGUCACGUGAUGUUAUCAAUGUAUUGUUGUAUUUUACCAGUGUGGGAUUGCACUCCACCAAAACUAAAAUACUUUUUUGUACUUUUAAUUGUAUUUUUUUCUGCAUUUUGAUAUCAUAGAGUAAAAUAAUGAUAAAAUAAGUGUUUUCAGAUGUAUUACUGGGAAAACUAAUUGUUGGUCCAAAAACAUGAGCAAGUACCUUUAAUUUGUGUUCAUACAUUGUACCAUAAAGAUGUUUAAUAACAUGAUUGUGUCCCUUUUUUGCAUGAAAUGUUUGAUCAUUUUCAAUUUUUUCAUUGUCCGUUUUAUACCAGAUAAACUAUCGUUCCUAUGCAUGCAGUCAUUUUUUUCAUUGUCCAUUUUAUACCAGAUGAACCAUCCUUCCUAUGCAUGCAGUUAUAACAUUCUUGUGUAUGUGUAUUGCCCUGAUUUUAUUGAACUGUUUAUAAUUACUGUAUACAAAAUAUUCGGAAAGUUGUGUUUGUAAAAAUGAAGUGAAAAUAAAG